AUGUCGCUAACAAAUUAUUAUUCCAUGAUGGGGCUGCAGACUGAGGAGCCGUACGGUGCGCAUUUCCUCCCGGCAGGCUUGCAGGCGAAGCCGUCGCGCGGUGGCGCGGAGGAGGAGGAGGGGACCCCCGGCCCCCACAUUUCGGAUUUUGCCCCACACUUUCCCAACAAGCAAAGCGGCUUGAACGGCUUCUCCCCGUGGACGAACCCCCCAUCGGCGUCGGCGUCGGCGGCGUCGUCGUCGUCGUCCCCGCCGCUGCAGGCCGCCCCGGGCGCGUCCCUCUCGGGGCUUUUCCCCCCGCACCACCUCCUCGGCCACCACCACCACCACCACCACCAGCACCAGCACCAGCACCAGCACCAGCAGCAGCCGCAGCAGCCCCCCUACUACGCCGAGCACCUCGCCCCGGCCUCGGAGGGCCGCUUCGUCCGCUGCUGGGAGGGCCCGCCGCCCCCGCCCCCGCCCCCGCCCCCGACCCAGCCGCACGGCUGCCCGUCGAACCCCAACCCGAGGUUCGAGGCGGUGAAGCCCGACGGCUCGCCUCCUCGGUCGCGCGGCAGCCCCGGCGGGGACUCCAGCUUCGGCGGCCCGGGCGAGGUGGUGCUCGAGCGGCUGGGGACGGCCGAGGAGCUGCGCAGGAAGCCGGAGCCCAAAAAGGAAGACGACGAGCAGGACGAGGACGACGCCAGGAAAACCCGACCGGUGCCGCCCGACCCAGAGAACCCGUCGGCCAGCUGGAUCCACGCCAAGUCCACCCGCAAGAAGCGCUGCCCCUACACCAAGCACCAGACCCUGGAGCUGGAGAAGGAGUUCCUGUAUAACAUGUACCUGACCCGGGACCGGCGCCUGGAGGUGGCCAGACUCUUGAACCUGACCGAGCGCCAGGUGAAAAUCUGGUUCCAGAACCGACGUAUGAAGAUGAAGAAGCUGAUGAUCCGGGAGAGGAGGAGCAUCAAUGAAUAA